CUCUUCCUCUCCCUCCACAUGUGCUUCUCAAAGCAAUCAACGCAAGUCAGUCAUCUAUUCUUCUUUUCUGCCUUCACUCUUUCUCAAAUUCAUCUUUUUUUUUUGUCAAAUUCAUCCAAAAAUCAGAGAAAAGGAAAAAUGGUCGAUUUGGAUUGGAAGGCAAAAAUGGUUUCAUCCGACAUGUCCUGCACCUCGCCCAAAUUCUCCAAUAAAUCUCGUGGUUCGCUACCGUCUCCUCUUCGCUUCGCCGUCAGCGAUUUAUCCCCCGCUCCCUCAUCUGCCUGUUUAGCUUAUGAACAAUUCGUCCGCCUUCCAGAGCUCAGCAAACUCUGGACGUUUAAUGAGUUCCCUGGCUGGAAGAACGAGUCCAUUCUCAAACCAGCGUUGCAAGCUCUGGAAAUCACGUUCCGCUUUAUCUCAGUUGUUUUAUCCGAUCCUAGACCGUACGUGAAUCAGCGCGAGUGGAGACGCCGACUCGAGUCCCUGGCUACUCACCAAAUCGACAUCAUUGCUAUUCUCUGCGAAGAUGACGUAGAGGCUGCCGAGACUCGUGGAACUGCGCCUAUCGCCGAUCUCAAUUCUUCUAACGGUGUUUUGGCUCGUAACAGGAGCUCCGCCGUAUGGAACCAUCCAGGUGGAACGCCCGUUGUGAGCCGCACCAGCGAAGCAAGUUUGCUUCCUCGCCUUGCGACAUGGCAGAAGUCGGAGGAUAUUGCUUCCAAGAUCUUGUUUUCCAUCGAGUGCGAGAUGCGGAGGUGUCCGUUCACGUUAGGUUUGGGCGAGCCAAACCUAGCUGGAAAACCCAACCUCGAAUACGACCUCAUCUGUAAACCGUCUGACCUCCAUUCCUUGAAGAAAAGCCCAUCCGAUCGAAGGAAUCUCGACAACCACGAGAACCAGACGCUCUUCACCACUCACCAGAUAUUGGAAUCGUGGAUACAGGUAUCUCGGGAGCUUCUCCGACGAAUUGAAGAAAGAAUCGAUGGCCAGGAAUUCGGGACAGCAGCGAGCGACUGCUGGUUACUCGAGCGAAUUUGGAAGCUUCUCACAGAGAUAGAAGACCUGCACCUUCUUAUGGAUCCGGACGAUUUUCUCCGCCUGAAGAACCAGCUUGCGAUUAAAGCUUCGACGGAAUCCGAAGCCUUUUGCUUCCGGUCCAAGGCACUGAUUGAAAUAACUAAAUCUUCUAAAGAUCUGAAGCAGAGGGUUCCGGCGGUCUUGGGCGUGGAAGUGGAUCCGAAAGGAGGUCCAAGGGUUCAGGAAGCGGCGAUGAAGCUCUUUCAUGGCCAUCGAAAGGGGGAUUUUGAAAAAAUCCACCUAGUUCAAGCGUUUCAGGCUAUCGAGUCGUCUUUGAAAACUUUCUUCUUUUCGUAUAGACAAUUGAUAGGAGUGGUCAUGGGGAGCUUGGAGGUGAAGGCGAAUCGAGCUCUGAUCUAUGCGGAUUCUUCUGAUACUCUGUCUCAGAUCUUCUUGGAACACACAUAUUUUCCAAGCUUGGAUGCCGCGAAGACAUUUUUGGAGGAUUUCUGGCAUCACGAGCUUGGGAUCGCCGGCUCGAAUGGGCCAGACAGAGCCCGGACCAAACAGUAAAGAUGAUAGCCAGUAUAGUAUAGCACAGACAGGUGCUGAAGAAGUCGCUUGUUGACUCGGAAUGGAACAAGUCAGACAUAAACUUGGGUGGGUUUUCAUAACUCAGACGAGUAGUAAUCUACUAGAACGUCCGAGUGAGGUUUGUGACCUGUAAUUAUUUACAUUUCAUAUUUUCUUUAUUUAUAUAGUCGAACAUACGGAAUUCAGUUUACUCCUUGUAAGUUGUCACAUUUGUAAACGAUUAAUUAUAUCAUAGGAAUGAAAUUGGAAUUCUUUUUUGGA